AUGGCAUGGUGUGGUGAAAACAUUUGCUUGGGGAUUGGGAAGGAAUACAUAAUACUGAACAGUACGACUGGAGCAACGUCAAAAGUAUUCUCUUCUGGAAGGAGCAUUCCCUUAGUUGUUCCUCUUCCCUCUGGGGAGCUUAUCUUAGGAAAGGAUGACGUUGGAGUUUUUGUUGACCAAAAUGGAAAACUUAUACAAGAUGGCAGGAUAUGUUGGUCUGAGGCCCCCAGCUCUAUUGUCAACCACAAGCCAUAUGGAUUAGCUCGCCUACCUAGGCAUGUUGAGAUAUGCUCUCUUUAUGCUCCAUAUCCUUUGGUUCAGACAAUUGUUCUCAGGGAUGUUCAUCUCCUUCAACAAAGUAAUAACUGUGCUAUUGCUGCAGUAGGAAGUUCAAUUUAUGGUCUCUUACAUGUUCCUGUUGGUGCCCAGAUUGUACAGUUGACAGCAUCUGGGAAUUUCGUGGGGGCAUUAGCUUUGUGUAAGCUACUUCCACCAGAGGAUUCUAGCCUUCGAGCAGCAAAAGAAGCCUCUAUACAUAUAAGAUUUGGUCUUUUAGAGGAAGGCAUAAAACUAUUCAAAGAUUUGGCUGGGUGCUCCUUGGAACCAGAUGGCCUCACCCUCAGUUCUCUCAUAUAUGGUUACUGUACCAAAGUUGAAGAAGGGAAUCAUUACUUAAAUUCUAUGAGGUCUGUUCAUGGCAUUGAACCGGGGCCUGAUCACUACACCUGCAUGGUUGAUCUGUUUGGCCGUGCUGAUCUCCUGCAAGAGGCAUUGAACUUGAUCAACUCCAUUCCGGAUGGCCCCCAUUCAGAAACGCGGGGGGCUCUGCUCAGUGCUACUAGGCAGCAUUCAAAUUGCAAUAUGGCAAAGUUUGCAUCUGUUGUACCCGAGGCUUCAAUGGAGAGAAAAGUUGCUAAUUUUGAAAAUAUUGAGAACAAAAUCUUCGAUCCGGGAAUCUGUCUUCUGCAACAACCUCUCUUUCAAUAA